AUGUAAAAUAAGUUAUCAUUUUGUUUGAAAGUGAAAUAUUAUAUUAAGAUAUUCUAACAACCAUUUAGAAAAUUACCCUACAUCACAUCUCUUAGCCUCAGCCAAGAGUAAUUAAUAGGGACACGUCCUUUAACAAUCUGCAUAAUAUUAUUCAAACUAGCCAUGCCCAUGUGUAAUGGGUGUUUUCAUCGUCACCAUGGAAAGUUACAUAUAAAAAUGACAUGAGCAACCUAAGUAAUGGCGCCACGUACGUAUAUGUUUUUGUAUAUUAAGUUAAAGCAUUUUAAUUAGUAGCCUGUUGAUCAACUACUCCAUUAUUGAUCCUGAGAAUUAAAAUAAUUAGGAGUAUAUUCGGUUAGCGGUACACUGAUAAACUAAUCAAUAAUGGAUGAUUAGAGGUAAUUCAUUAAUCGAUUAUAAGUUACACUUAUCGAUAGAUUGAAAUAGUUUUCGGUGUAACCGAUAAUCGAAUAGUCGGUUAAUGAUUAACCGACAACUAAUAUAUAUAUAUAUAUAUUUCUAAUCUCUCCGCGAAAUGGUCAUGUCUCCUUCAAGCGAAUUUCGAAUAAACUACCUCCUCCCAGCCCGACCCUCUUUUAAUUUUCCAAUUUGCUCCGAGUGUGAACCCUAAAAUUGAAAGAGGUAAAUAGUAUUCAUCGAUUUCUUGAGUUAAAUGUAGGCAUCAAAAUUGAAUUGGAAAAGUUUGGAUGACUUAUACUAAAGCAAAGGUAGCAAAGAUCGAUCCCCAUUUUUUUCCAUCAAUGACUUCCCUCUCCUAGUUUGCUUUUAUCACUCUUCUACCUUCCUCUAUCCGGUUUUUUCUCUCGGCCCCAAUAGGAACAACAAGUCAAACCAAAUCAGCGAUAAAAAUAUAUAAUAAUGAAAAAAGAACACAAAAAUAUAUAAUAAUAAAAAAGAACACAUAUAUAUAUGUAGGUAAAAAUCUACAAAAUCCAAAUAUGAAGAAAAGGGAGACCUUGUGUUGAUUCAGUUACCAAUCAAUUAGUUUGGUCUAACCUUGUCGAAUCAAUUACUAAAUGGUUAGUCGCUUACCCAAUAUCCGAAAAAGGGUUAUUGUUACAACCGAACCGACUAACCGCCGGCACUAAAAAUAAUAAUUAAUCCGAACACAUGAUAAUCACCAGAUGGAAAAAUGCUCCCAAACCAAUGGGAAACAUCGUUCAAACAAAAACAAAAACAAAAUAGUGGAAAGAAAGACCUCGUACUCAUGAGCUUAUAUAAUAUAGACUUUGUAUGGUGUGUGUUUUGAUAAGAUCCUCGUACCAAUGAGCUUCAUUACAAUGGAACCCCUCCACCAAAACAUGAUCUCUUGCUCUUCCUUCUUCGACACCCCCUUCCUCCUCGCACUCGCAACCAUACUCGUAGUCACCCUAUUUAUCCUAAAGCACAAGCUAUCCAAAACCGCCGUCUUAAACCUGCCGCCGGGGCCACGGAAGCUUCCCAUCAUAGGAAACAUCCACCAUAUGGCCGGCGACUUACCUCACCGUCGACUCAGCCACUUGGCCCGUAAAUAUGGUCCCGACGUGAUGAGCCUACAGCUCGGGGAGCUCUCUCACAUCGUAAUCUCAACCCCUGAAGCCGCCAAACUGGUGAUGAAAACCCACGACCUAGCUUUCGCUUCCAGGCCUUACCUCCUGGCCGCGGACAUACUCUACCACGGUCGCAAGGACAUAGCUUUCGCACCCUAUGGAGAUCACUGGCGUCAGAUGCGCAAGAUCUGCACCCUCGAGCUCUUCAGCGCGAAACGAGUUCAGUCUUUUCGUCACAUCAGGGAAGAAGAGGUGUCCAAUCUCGUGGCUUCUCUUACUCGUUCUGCAGCUGCGGGAAUGCCUGUGGAUCUCACUAGGAUGGUUUCUACGGUGACGAGUGCCAUAACUUCCAGGGCAGCGUUCGGUAAAGCGCAAGAACUCACCGAUGCUUUUAUGAUCGUCGUCGAUAAUGCUUCGGAUGUUCUUGGAGGUUUCAGAAUCUCUGAUCUCUAUCCUUCCUUCAAAUUGCUGCCUGUCCUCACUGGGUUCAAAGCUAAGCUAGAGAAGAUGCGCGAGGCAUCGGAUUCGGUGCUGGAUCAAAUCAUCGAUGAACAUAAAGCUAGAAGAAGGGCGGCAGUUAUUAAGGAUGGUGAUGAUGAUGGAAAGAAAGAGGAUCUUGUUGACGUCCUUCUCAAUCUUCAAGAGAACCAGCUGGAUCUUGGAGCUCCUCCCAUCACAAUGGAGGUCGUUAAAGCAAUAACUUUGGAAUUGUUUCUAGCUGGCAUUGAAACAUCAACUACGACAAUAGGGUGGACCAUGUCGGAAAUAAUAAAUGAUUCGAGAAUUCUACAAAUGGUACAACAGGAGGUCAGGCAGGUAUUUGGUUCCGAUGACGAAAAGCAUUUUGACGAAGCAAGCCUCGAUCAAUUGAAUUAUCUGGAUAUGGUAAUUGCCGAGAGUUUAAGAUUACACCCACCGGCUCCUCUGCUUGUUCCGAGAGAAAAUGUGGAUCAAAAGGUGAAACUCAUAUCAUAUGAUGUCCCUAUCAACAACAACGUCAUCGUGAACGUCUGGGCGAUCAAUCGAGAUCCUCGUUACUGGAAAGAGGCAGAGAGAUUCUUCCCGGAAAGAUUUAUGAGCUGCUCGAUUGAUUAUAAGGGAACUGAUUUUCAUUUCAUUCCAUUUGGUGCUGGAAGAAGGAUGUGUCCGGGAGUUUCUUUUGGAAUGGUUAUUGUGAAAUUUAUCCUUGCAAAUUUGCUUCUCCAUUUCGACUGGACGCUUCCUGCUGGACAGAAAAACAUUGAUAUGACUGAAUGCUUUGGAGUGACGCUCAGGAGACAACAUGCUCUCCAUCUAAUUCCAGUUUCAUAUGGUCACGUUCUUUUUGAAUGAAGAGGUUGUAAUAAAGAUGCUAGUAUUAUAUUUGUGCUUUUCUUGUGUUUCAAUAUGUAAAAUUUCAUUAUGUCCUACAAUAUUUUUCUACCAAAUAAACAUAUGUAAUUUGUGUGAUUCUUCUGUUAAAAAAAAACUGAUACGUACUUUAAAAUUGGGCCUCUAUACAUAAGACUCUAUAUGACACAAAAUGCUAACAACUCACAAAUGUGAUCUUCUAUAAUGACCUGCACUCUGAAGUAAAAUAACAUUGUUUUAUAUCUAGGUUUAAUAAUAUUGACACUUUAACAUAAACACAACCUUUGAUUCAUGUGCUUCUCAUUCCAUAAUUUACACUAUUAUAUUUUGAAAUUUUUUAGAGGAGUUUGGUGGAGUACAGCUGGUUCAGGUUCAACCAUGGUCACAUUAACUCUCAUUUCAUGUGAUUAAGUUUUUAUUGAUUUGGAGGGCACAUCACACCAAUAUAUUUAAUUUAAGCGAAAAAAUAUGUGAAUAAUGAUGAAAUGGACAUCUCACUAACCGAUGUAAAUAUAGGUUAUCAUUUUGUUUGAAAGUGAAACAUUAUAUUAAGAAACCCUAGAACCGUUUAUCUGGUGGUAUCAGCCAAGAGUAAUUAAUAAAGAAUUUUCCUUUUGACAAUUUGCUACCUAAAUUUUGAUAUAUUUUAUGAUUUAAUAUCUAAAGUUAAUUGUUAUGCAUAGAAGUCUUAAAAAAUAUUGAUGAAAAAUUACAUUUCAGUACUUAAAAUUUUCAUCUCUCAUUAUACACCUAAGAUUUUUAAAGUUUACAAAUAGAUCCGAAUAUAUAAGGUUGAUGGUCUGCUUUAUGAGGUAUGGUAUGUUUUACGACUUGUGGUCUCCAUUACGGUGGUUGCAUGACUCUGUUAAGUAGUAUUAUUUCAUAGCGCAAAUUAAUUAUCAUGUGAUCUAUUCAUUCCCUAUAGUACGAUGAAUUUCUUCACCAAGCAAGGCAAAUUAGCCCUCAGAUACUCUCGAUCGACAAAGUACUUGAAGAAGGAUUUCUUUUUUCGGUCAACUCACUCGGAGAAAUAUGAUUGCUUGAAGCGAACCUCGAGUCGAAGGUAAUCUUGAAACGGAUAUAUGUGUAUUCAGUAUUCUUCAUUGUCUCAUGGCCAAAUGAAGAUGAAGGCUGUUGGAGCUAAACUUUGAGCCAUGGAGAAUAAUUAAGAAAGGUCGAGGAAGAGGAAACUUAUCAGCCAACCGCCAAAGUUUCAUCUCUGAUCGGCGCCACCUAACCCUAGAUGUUGUUAAUAAAUCCUGCUCAACUACUCCAUUGAUCUUGAGCAUUAAUUUAAAAGAAUGAAUCCCUACACGCCACAUGGAGAGAUGCUCCUCCAACCAAUGGGAAACAUUCGUCGGAACAAAUUAAAAAAAUAUUGUAGAAAGACCUCGUACUAAUGAGCUUAUAUAUUAUAAGAGUGAUGGUUGUUUUUUAUCAGAUCCUCCUACCAUGGAACGCGUCAAGAUUGUAUUGGGAAGAUCACUUGACUAAUAGUGACAGAAAAGUGGUAAAGAGGGAGCGUCUUAAUUUUUUCUUCUUAUUAAUUGCGCUCAUCACACUUCUCCUUCCUCUAUUCACUUUUUUCUCUCACUUCCAACAAGAACAAAAAGCCAAACUCAAAUCAAUGAUAAAAAUAUAUAAAAAAAACACACAUAUAUAUGCAAAUUCGAAAAAAAAGAUUGAGUUCUUUUGUUGGUUUGAUCAUCUUGCACAAAUCUUACCUAAUCAUUUGCAAUGAUUAAUUAGUUGCGGUUAACGGACAUAAAAAUCGAUAAUAAUC